UUUGUUUCAUUCACACUUAGUGUACAAAUUCUUAUUCUAUUAAAUAAUACAAUUGAUCCUUGAUACUCAGAAGCUUGCAAAACACAAGCCCAAAGCUGUUUCUUGUUACCUGCAGUGUAAUAUAUUGUAAAACCUGUUCAGUUAUCAACAUAAUCAACUGAAUUCCUCAGGUCACUGGUUAGGAUAUCUGCUAUUGUAUAUAAAGUAUUAGCAUCUAUUGGAAAACAUUGCCAAUAAUUAUGGACAUAUAGUGUACAAUUAGUUUGACAAGAAACAAAACCAACUUUUAUUUUAUUUUAUGCUAACUGAAUGUAUCAAAUUUUAGUCAUUAGGGAUGAGUGUAACUAACAAUUCACUACAUCUAAUAGAGGAUUUGAAACAUUUGUUAAUGAACAAAUUGUUACAUCACAGUUUUCUAAUUAACUGUUAGCAUGUCUGACGUCAUGAUGCUAAUUACCUGUAGACCGAAAUUAUGCGGAAAAUGCUGUCAAACUGCGAGAAAACGUUCUUACGUUCGAUGAAACGAAACUAGGACAAACUUUUUGCAUCAUAAAAGCUUCAAAUUUCUCGAACAUGUUAAUUUUAAAGCUUUUGAAAUCAAGAUGAUGCUCAGCUAUCGAAAAUUCUUUCCGAAGCGGCCGGUUUUGGAUUUUAACUGGUACUUUUGCCGGCCAUGCGAUUCAGUUCGCAGACGACUCCCCAUCGUUAGAAGUUGUCAAACUGUUGCAGAAUUGAAGCAAGACAGCGAAAGUAGUAUUAGUUUUAACGAUACAAAGAUUGCUUAUCGAAGUAAAACAACACGGGAAAUUGUACGUUCUUUGUUCGUGUUCAGACUCUGUUCAGUAAAUUACUUGGUCGAUAAUAAUUUAAAGUUAAUGAAAUAUGGGAAGAAAUUUCUUGGAGAAAGAAUGUUCAACUCUCUGAUGAAGGCAACAUUUUAUGGACAUUUUGUUGGCGGUGAAGAUCAAGUUGCUCUGAAGCCAGUUGUGACAAGACUUCAGAAAUUUGGUGUUGGGGCAAUACUUGAUUAUUCUGUUGAAGAAGACAUUGAUGAAACUAGCACUGGAAGCAGUUCUGAAAGUGAAGGCAAAACCACUCCUAAACAAGCUCCAAACAAGGAGAUUGUGAAACAGUUCCAGUUGAACAAGGAUUUUGCAGACCGAAGAAAAAAGGUGAUCAGUGCGAGAACCUACUUCUACGAAGACGAGCAUAAAUGUGAUUUGCAUUUAGAAACAUUCUUGAAAUGCAUUGAUGCAGUGGGUUAUGCCAGUGACAAUGGAUUUGCAGCCAUUAAGUUGACAGCGCUUGGACGGCCUCAGUUGCUGUUAAGAUUAUCUGAGAUUCUCUACCAAACCAAGUAUCAUUUUGAUCAAAUGGCCAGCCAGUGUGCCGAAGGAAGGAUCAUGAACAGAAGAAUUGCACGUGACGGAUUCUUCAAAGGUCUUCUGAAACUUGGUAUGCAACUAGGUGAAGAAGAGGCGAAUGCGAUCUUUGACACGAUUGAUAUCACGAAAUCUGGUGAUAUUGACAUCAUUGAAUGGAGUCAUUUUCUAACACCGCAAUUAGAACUUUCUAAGCUGUUUCAAGCGUCGCCCGAUGACGCGAGCGAUCCAGUCAUUUCAGCGUUAACUGAUGCUGAACUGCAGCAGAUGGAAAGCAUGAGAGAUCGUCUUCAUCAGUUGGCCAAGAGAGCGAUGGAACAGAAUGUUCGUCUCAUGGUCGACGCUGAACAGACGUAUUUUCAACCAGCUAUCAGUAGACUCACUCUGGACAUGCAAAGAUUGUAUAACAGAGAGAAACCGAUUAUACUGAAUACCUAUCAAUGUUAUUUGAAGGACGCCUAUAAUUCGGUGGAAACAGAUAUGGAACUUGCCCGUCGCGAAGGCUUUAAAUUCGGGGCAAAGAUAGUCCGCGGAGCUUACAUGGAACAAGAGAAGGCUCGCGCACAGGCGAUGAACUAUGAAGACCCAAUACAGCCUGAUUAUCGGGCUACUUGUGAUAAUUAUAACAAGAUUGUUAGCACCAUCUUGGAGGAAGUAAAGCGGUCUGGAGCGAAUAUCGUGGUCGCUAGUCAUAACGAGGAUUCUGUUGUUUUCACACUACAGAGGAUGAUUGAGCUCUCCAUACCUCGCGAUCAGGGCGGAGUAUAUUUUGCUCAACUGCUUGGCAUGUGUGACCAGGUAUCCUUUAUCUUAGGUCAGUCGGGAUACAACGUCUUCAAAUACGUUCCCUACGGAUCUGUUUCCGAUGUUCUGCCGUACCUUUCCCGACGAGCAGCGGAGAACCGCGGUUUGCUGGACGGUGUAUUGAAAGAACGAAAACUGUUGUGGAAGGAAUUGAAAAGACGACUGCGGGAGAAAGAACUGAAUUACGACCCUCACAAUGCUAAUGUCCUUGGCUGAGAGCUGCGGAGCUCAGA